AAAUUUUUCCUCUAAGGCUUUGCGUCUGCCAGAAACGCCGCUUUCCCGAUCGCUGUUUUCGCAGUCGAAGCACUUAUCGGACAACGCGUCUGCCGGCUUGCCGAGCAUUUUCGUUCACCACUGUCCCCACAAUGUCAGGAGUGUACACCAAGAAAUGUGUCGAGGACGUGUGGGAUGUUUCGGAAGGGGCGCUUCCAUUCAAGCUGCAGCGGAUAGCUGAAGUUGAGUUGGGAGAGACUUCAGCAAAGAGAAAAGAAGCCCUGGAGAGGCUUUCUGAACUGUUGGAAGCCGAGCCGGAAGUGAAUGCUCAGAAAGACACCGCCUUCCUUCUGCGUUUCCUGCGGGUGCGAAAGUACGACGUAGAGUCGGCCCUGCAAACCAUUCGAAACUACUACAGGUGCCGAGAGGCCAGUGAGUCCUCUUACCGGGAAUUACUUCCAAGCAAGGUGCCGGCGGUGGCUCGCAAUCUGCUCAUGGUUCUGCCCGAGACGGAUGUCCAUGGGAGGUUGAUCCUACUCUGCAGACCAGGCUUAUGGAAGCCCGAAGAACUGCCAUACGCGGAUUUUCAUCGUGCUUGCCUGCUCUGUUUGGAACAUAUGGCGCCGAAUCCUGUUACACAGACGUCUGGAAUUGUUCUCUUGGUUGAUUAUGCCGAGUUCACCGCCGACAAGAUAUUGUGGGUGAACGUAGGGCUUGUCAGAAAAGCUCUGGGAUAUGUACAGGAAGGCAUGCCGAUGCGACUGAAAGCAGUACAUAUCGUAAGACAGUCGUAUGCUUUCGACAUGAUUUUCGCCCUCUUCAAGCCCUUCAUCAAGGCCAAGAUGGCCGAACGGUACCGCUUCCACGGCGACAACUUCGAGAAGCUUCACGAGGAAAUACCGCCCAGCGUGCUGCCCAUAGAAUAUGGUGGCCAGAGAGAGCCACUUGACUUUGAAGACUACUGGAAGCAGGUCGACUCGCAAGAGGAGUUUUUCGUGCGUGUGAACAGCUUCGGCUACUCCACAGAGUGCAAGGAUGACAUGCGCGCUGAGACUGAGAAGCUGGCCGAACUCACUUCGCUUUGAUGAGGAGAAUAUGACUGUGAAUUUCCCAAACCAUCGUUACGUUGUAUUUUUGCUAUGAAAUUUGCGAAAUAAAGAUUUUCCUCCAACAAGAUUUCCACGUGAACUGAAUCGGCACUAUGUAGUCAGCGACAAGUGAAGAAUGCAGGCGCGGCGCCUUGCAAAAGAAAAAAGAAAAAAAGGAAUUGCGAUGCCCCUGCCACUUACCCUCGGCGCUUUAACAAAUAAUUGAAUUUCAAAUGCCACCGACGCAAAGAGAAAACGCCUUAACUGUUCAGCGACAGUAAGUACACCGU